AUGUUUGCCGGCAUUGACUCCGCAAUGCAAGCCAUAUUCGAACUCUUUACACAGCACGAAGGAGAAAUAAACAUGUAUGGCUUCAAGAUAGAGCACCUGAUGGCACUAUUAAAAGAAUGCUUGAGCUGCUCAAUCUUCAGAUGGUCCGGAAAGUACUACGCUCAAAUAAGAGGGUUGGCAAUGGGACAACGACUGGCUCCAAGCCUUGCCAUUGCAUUUAUGUCUAAGGUGGAAGCACCGGUGACUGGUCUCGGCCGCUACUCUACUGUAGGUAUGUAG